CUGUGUUCACUGGCAACGCUUGUAUAAAGCUCCGGUAGGCUUCUACGUAGUGAUCCCAUUAUCAUCCCCAUCGAACUAUACAGGCAGCAUCGUAUUGUCUUCCUGAGACGCAAACAGUUAAGUACCUUUGGGGAAGCCCACCCCUGAGCGGCCACCAUGGGGGACGAUAGCGAGUGGAUGAAGCUUCCCAUCGACCAGAAAUGUGAACACAAGGUGUGGAAAGCCCGUCUGAAUGGCUAUGAAGAAGCCCUGAAGUUGUUCCAGAGAAUAGAAGAUGAGAAGAGUCCAGAGUGGGGGAAGUACCUGGGACUGAUAAAGAAGUUUGUCACUGAUUCUAAUGCCGUGGCUCAGCUUAAAGGCCUGGAUGCAGCCCUGGCCUUUAUUGAGAAUGCCCAUGUAGCUGGCAAGACGACCGGGGAGGUGGUGUCGGGCGUGGUAACCAAAGUGUUCAACCAGCCAAAGGCACGGGCUAAGGAGCUAGGCUCAGACAUCUGCCUGAUGUACAUCGAGAUAGAGAAGGCUGAGGUGGUUCAAGACGAGCUGCUCAAAGGUCUGGACAACAAAAACCCCAAGAUUGUGGUGGCCUGCCUCGAGACACUCAGGAGGGCUCUCAGUGAGUUUGGAUCCAAAAUAGUGACGUUGAAGCCCGUGGUCAAGAUUUUAUCCAAGCAGUUUGAAUCCAGAGAGAAGGCGGUGAGAGACGAAGCCAAGCAGCUUGCUAUAGAGAUCUACAGAUGGAUCAGAGAUGCUCUGAGACCACCACUGCAAAACAUUAACUCUGUACAGCUGAAGGAGCUGGAGGAGGAGUGGGUGAAGCUGCCUUCAGCGCCUCCCAAGCAGACCAGGUUCUUGCGCUCACAGCAGGACCUGAAGGCAAAGUUUGAGCAGCAACAAGCCCAAGGAGGAGAACAGUCCGGUGGAGAGGAUGAAGCUGAAACCGUGGCAGCAGUGGACCCUUAUGAGCUGCUGGAAGCUGUGGAGAUUCUGUCCAAGAUGCCCAAAGAUUUUUAUGACAAAAUCGAAGCUAAAAAGUGGCAGGAGAGGAAAGAAGCCCUAGAGGCUAUAGAGACUCUGACAAAGAACCCCAAACUAGAGAAUGGAGACUAUGGAGACCUUGUCAGAGCUCUGAAAAAGGUUGUGGGGAAAGAUGCCAAUGUGAUGCUGGUGACCGUGGCAGCCAAAUGUCUGGCUGCACUGGCCAGUGGACUGAGGAAGAAGUUUGGAACAUAUGCAGGACAAGUUGUUCCAACUAUUCUGGAGAAGUUCAAGGAAAAGAAGCCUCAGGUUGUCCAGGCACUGCAGGAGGCUAUGGAUGCCAUUUUCCACACUACCACCCUUCAGAACCUCUCAGAGGACAUCCUGGGUGUGAUGGACAACAAGAACCCCUCUAUUAAGCAGCAGGCCUCUCUGUUUCUGGCCCGCUCCUUUAGACACUGCACACAGGCCACGCUGCCCAAGAGCGUCCUCAAACCAUUCUGUGCUGCUCUCAUCAAGCAAGUGAAUGAUUCUGCUCCUGAAGUGCGUGACGCUGCUUUUGAAGCUUUGGGAACAGCCAUGAAAGUGGUGGGAGAGAAAGCUGUAAACCCUUUCCUGUCCGAUUUGGAUAAACUCAAACUGGAUAAGAUAAAGGAGUCUGCUGAUAAAGUGGAGCUCCCUGGGAAGAAGGGUUCAGGAGGAGGAGGAGGUGGUGGAGGGGAAAAGAAGCCAGCAGCUAAAGCUCCUCCCCCUUCUGAAGCACCGACAAAAUCCUCGGGCCCCCCAAGGAAGACCCAAACUGGUGCUGCCAGCAAGGCUUCAGCAGGUCCAUCUAAGAAAGGCAAGCCAGCCUCUGCAGCUGGUGGAAAAUCCAAAAAGGCCCCUGACAAUAAAGAAUUCACAGAGACUGAACUCUCAAUUGAGGCGUGCGAGGAUCUGGCAGCAGGUGUACUUCCUUCCACCUGUGUACAGCAGCUGGACUCAGCCAACUGGAAGGAGAGACUGGCUAGUAUGGAGGAGUUCCAGAGGGUUGUUGAGACUAUGGAUAAGGCUGUGAUGCCCUGCCAAGCCUUAGUCAGGAUGCUGGCCAAGAAACCAGGCUGGAAAGAGACUAACUUCCAGGUGAUGCAAAUGAAGCUGCGCAUCGUGGCUCUUAUAGCUCAGAGAGGACAGUUUUCUAAGACAUCAGCCUCUGUGGUUCUGGACGGCUUGGUGGAUAAGGUCGGAGACGUCAAAUGUGGUGGAAAUGCCAAAGAGGCAUUAACUGCUAUUGGACAGAGUUGCUCACUGCCGUGGACCGCAGAACAAGUUGUGUCUAUGGCCUUUGCACAGAAGAACCCCAAAAACCAGGCAGAGACUCUCAACUGGCUGUGUAAUGCCAUGAAGGAGUUUGGCUUUGCUGGUAUCAAUGUGAAGGCUUUCAUCAACAACGUGAAGACGGCUCUGGGAGCAACUAACCCUGCCGUCCGGACGGCUGCCAUCACCCUGCUUGGAGUCAUGUACCUCUACAUGGGAAGUCCUCUUCGCAUGUUCUUUGAAGACGAGAAGCCUGCUCUACUGGCUCAGAUAGAUGCUGAGUUCGAAAAGAUGCAGGGCCAGUCUCCACCAGCUCCAACCAGAUUCACCAAAAAGUCGGCAGUAGAAGAAGAGGGUGAUGAAGGAGAGGAACAGGAAGAAGAUGGAGGAGGAGGAGGUGGAGGAGGAGGACAUGACAUUAUGGACCUGCUGCCAAGAACAGACAUCAGUGACAAGAUUACAUCUGAUCUGGUGGCUAAAAUUGGGGAUAAGAACUGGAAGAUCAGGAAGGAGGGUCUGGAUGAGACUGCAGCCAUCAUCUCAGAGGCCAAAUUCAUCACAGCCAACAUUGGAGACCUGCCUCUGGCACUGAAAGGACGACUCACCGAUUCAAACAAGAUCCUGGUGCAACAGACCUUGACUAUCCUGCAGCAGCUGGCUACAGCCAUGGGACCUGGACUCAAGCAGCAUGUUAAAUCACUUGGAAUGCCUGUUAUCACUGUACUGGGAGACAGCAAGAGUAAUGUAAGGGCAGCUGCCAUGACCACUCUGCAGUCCUGGGUGGAGCAGACCGGGAUGAAGGAUUGGCUGGAAGGAGAAGACUUAUCAGAGGAACUGAAAAGAGAGAAUCCCUUCUUACGACAGGAGUUGCUAGGCUGGUUGGCAGAGAAGCUUCCAACCCUGAGGACGGUACCAGGGGACCUGAUGUUGUGUGUCCCUAACCUCUACGCCUGCCUGGAGGACAGAAACGGAGACGUGAGGAAGAAAGCUCAGGACGCUCUGCCUACCUUCAUGAUGCACCUUGGCUACGACAAGAUGGACAAGGCUGCUGGGAAACUCAAAUCUUCCUCUAGAGAUCAGGUCUCAGCAAUGUUGGAAAAGGCCCGAGCAGUGAUGCCAGCUAAACCUGCAGCUCCUGCCAAAAGUGGAGGGGGGAAAGGCUCAGCAGAGCAAAGCAGAGCGGCUUCAGCCUCCAGGCAGCCAGCUACUGAUGAGUUUGAUAGUAAACCAGAAGUUAAGAAAGUCCGAGGAGGAGCGGCUGGAAAGAAACCUCCCUCCCCUCCUGAAGAACCUGUCCCUCCCCCUUCCUCCAAGGACAAGGACAGUAAUCCUAGUAAAAAGCCCCCUGGCAAAGGGAAGGCUGCUGCUAGCAGUCAACAGGGUGCAGCUGGUAAGAAGCCUGCAGCCAAAGCCCAGAAGGAUGAGGAAGAUAGGUCCGGGCCAAUCUUUACCCUCGUCCCCAAUGCUAAAGAACAGAGGAUCAAAGAGGAGAAGCAACUGAAGAUUUUGAAAUGGAACUUCAACACUCCUCGAGAUGAAUACGUGGAGCAACUGAAGACUCAGAUGUCAACCUGCUUCGCUAGGUGGCUACAGGAUGAGCUCUUUCAUUUUGACUUUCAGAGACACGUCAAGGCCAUAGGAGUCAUGAUUGAGAGGUUGGAAAGUGAAAGCGACGCCACAAUCGGCUGCCUGGACCUGAUUCUGAAGUGGUUCACGCUGCGGUUCUUUGACACCAACACCACAGUCCUGAUGAAGGUGCUGGAAUAUCUAAAGCUGUUGUUUGCCAUGCUGAACAGGGAGAACUACCACCUGACUGAGUAUGAGGCCAACUCCUUUGUCCCCUACCUCAUACUCAAGGUUGGAGAGUCGAAGGACGUGGUUCGCAAAGAUGUUCGGGCCAUUCUGACCAUGCUGUGUAAGGUUUACCCAGCAUCCAAGGUCUUCCCCUUUCUCAUGGACGGAACCAAGUCCAAGAACUCCAAACAAAGAGCUGAAUGUCUGGAGGAGUUGGGUUGUUUGAUAGAGGGCUAUGGGAUGAAUGUAUGUCAGCCUACUCCAGCUAAGUCUCUGAAGGAGAUUGCACUUCACAUCGGUGACAGAGACACAUCUGUUCGUAACGCUGCCCUGAACACUGUGGUGGCUGUCUACAACGUCUGCGGCGAACAAGUCUACAAGCUGAUAGGAAAUUUGUCAGAGAAAGACAUGAGCAUGCUGGAGGAGAGAAUCAAGCGUUCAGCCAAAAAGACUGCAGCAGCUCCCGCUAAACCGGCUGCAACAGAGAGAUCUCAGAGGGAGCACCCACCCAACCCCAACGCCACCUUCCUCCGCAAGCCUGCACAGGAAGACCCCAACAAACUCAACCAAGCCCGUCAGAACGCCCAGCACAGCGAGUCCUCCCACCCGUCCAUCCCCAAGGAGUUUCAGUUAGACCUGGACAUGAUCGAGAUGGACCAGAGCAGAGUGUGCGAGCUGCCCGACCUGGUCCAACACAAGCUAGACGAGCUGCUGGAACCCAUCAUGAUCCCUGAACCCAAGAUGCGCACUGUUUCUCCACACUUUGAUGACCUCCACAACAGCACGGCCUCCACCAUCAACUUUGUCAUCUCUCAGGUGGCUACUGGUGAUAUUAACAACAGCAUACAGGCACUGGCACAGAUCGACGAGGUGCUGCGACAGGAGGACAAGGCAGAGGUCAUGUCAGGACACAUCGAUCAGUUCCUCAUCGCCACCUUCAUGCAGCUGCGGAUCAUCUACAGCACGCACAUGGCUGACGACCGACUCGACAAGAGGGACAUCAUCAAACUGUACAGCUGCAUCAUAGGAAACAUGCUAUCUCUGUUCUCUAUGGAGUCCCUGGCCAGAGAGGCAUCUAUGGGUGUGUUGAAGGACCUGAUGCACGGUGUGAUAACACUCAUGUUGGACAGCCGAGUGGAGGACAUAGAGGAUGGACUGCAGGUCAUCAGGUCUGUCAACCUGCUGGUCACCAGAGUUCUGGAGAAGUCUGACCAGACCAACAUGAUCAGUGCUCUGCUGGUUUUGCUUCAGGACAGUUUAGUCACCACGGCCCCACCCAUGUUCUCUGAGCUGGUCAUGAAGUGUCUGUGGAGGAUGAUCCGCUUCCUCCCAGAGACCAUCAACAGCAUCAACCUGGACCGGAUCUUACUGGACGUCCACAACUUCAUGAAGGUUUUCCCCAAAGAGAAACUAAAGCAGCUCAAGAGUGAUGUGCCACACAGAACGCUCAAGACUCUUUUGCACACACUCUGCAAGCUCACAGGGGCCAAGAUUCUAGACCACCUAUCAAUGAUCGAGAACCGUAAUGAGUCAGAGUUGGAGGCCCAUCUGAGGCGGGUGGUCAAACACUCUGGAAACCUUUCAGGACUCAAGAGUGACCGUGGCAACGAGAAGACUGGUCUGCGCACGGAGGAUCGGAUGUCAAAGGCAAAAGUCAGUGACAUUUUGUCUGAAAUCUUCAAGAAGAUCGGCUCCAAGGAGAACACCAAAGAGGGUUUGACAGAGUUGUACGAGUACAAACAGAAGUACUCCGAUGCCGAUGUGGAGCCCUUCCUCAAAAACUCAUCACAGUUCUUCCAGAGCUACGUGGAGCGAGGCCUUCGCAUCAUCGAGUCUGAAAGAGAGGGCAAGGCUCGCAUCCAGACCUCAGCAGUGAUCCCUCAGCAUGGCAUGGACUUCACUCUGAGCAGCAACAACGAAGAGCUGAAACCAGCUGUCUACUAUGAGAGACUCAAGAUUCUCAGACAGAGACAAGGCCUGGAAAACAACGCCAGGCUGCAGCAGGGUGUCGGAGGAAGCGAGGACGAGCCCCAGCAGCGACCUCCCAUCUCCUCCCUGCUGUCCUCUAAACCGUCAGUGGCCUCCUCCACCGACAUGCUCCACAGUAAGCUGUCCCAGCUCAAAGAGUCCCGAGAGCUGUACCAGCAGGAACACAACGCACACUCCCAUUCCCCGACGCACACACACACCCGCUCAGCCUCGCCGGCGGCCAACCUGGACGACCUGAAGAAACGUCUGGAAAGGAUAAAGAGCAACCGGCAGUAAGGGGGGCGCCACCUCAUCUCAUCCACAGAGCCUGUAGAGUUCAGCUGGUAGUAGAAAAUAAAAAAAAAAAACAUCCUCCUACUUUUUUUUUUUUUUUUUUUUUUUAACUCAUUCUGUGUUUAUAUUCAUGUGUUGGUGGAUGGAAAUAGCAAGCACUUGCACACUAAAGCUCACCCUCUAUCAGCAAACCAAGGAAGCAGCAGGACACCCUGAAGUUUGAACUUGACUCCACCCACUGUGCCUGUAAAUUCAACACACCCUAAUGUGAUUGUAGUUGAGUACUCUCAGAUUGAAGUAAAGGCUGUGACUGGAGUUUCCGGCCUCUACACACACUACAGAACCAUCUUAGUGUUUUUAGCUAAUAUUAAAACGUAAAAAAUAUGUUCUAUGAAAAGCUGAGUCCAGGAGUGAGCUUUGACGUGUGUUCACGAUGGCAUAGUCUGCUGUAAUUCUCAGUCUGUACAGUUUUAUCUAGAUAAACUGUCACAACCACCCAUCCCACCUACUGUCCUGUCCUGUCCCGUCCUGUCCUCUCCUGUCUUUCUCUUUCAGGUUGCUACCUGCCCUUCAUCUAUGUACACUUUUUACUGUAUUACGAUAAUGGUAUGGUGAACUUACCCAACUCCUCUCUCUGUUUUAGUAUCACGGCACAAUGUGUUUGUACAUAUUUAAAGGUUGUUAACCACUUAACUGUUAUGAAGUGCUUCUCAUGUGGUUUCAGGACAAAACAAAUGUCAACAAAUGUUUCUUCCUGUUUUACCAUAAUUUACAUCAGUGCUGCUGCUGUGUUUGACUGGAGAGACACACUUGUAUAGAAGCUGUGUAAAUGCAGUAUGUGACUGCCCCCUUGUGGCUGAACACUGUCACAGCAUCAGUUUGUGAUUCUCUGUUUGCACUGGGAUCAUGGACAUACAGUCAUGGAGAAAGUAUUAGACCAUCUUUUGUUUUCUUCCAUUUCUGGUUCAUUUUAAUGCCUGGUACAACUAAAUGUACAUUUGUUUGGACAAUUAUAAUGACAGCAAAAAUAGUUCAUAAGAGAUUAUAUCUAGCCAUUUUCCAUGGUUUUCUUGAUAAUGAUUUUGGUUAUUUUCAAGGGAAAAAAAUGAAAGAAAACAAGGGUAGUCUAAUAAUUUUUUUCCAUGACUGGAAUUGCUCAUGUCUACAUCAUUAAGGUAAAAAUUCCAAAUUAGUGUUGUUUGGUGGAAAAGGUUAAUAGUUGAAGCCUCUUUUUAAAAUUGCACAGUGCAAAUGGGUCUCCAGAACUUACUUGAAUCAACAAAAGGCCUGAUUUCUAGCAAUUUCAGACAUUUUUGCUGCCAAAAAAACAAGCUGAACUGCAUUUACACAGUGACAUAAGCCCUCUGGAUCUAAACGCCUCAGCUAUAUAAUACUAGGAGGAUAUUUGUCUUUUUAACCAGGAGUUUAGACAGGCAGACAUAGGAAAUCUGUCCAGUUUUAUUUUAAAAGCUUUUUCUGGCGCUGUAGUAAGCGUUUGUCAAUGGUUUUCAAUCCUCCUCAGAUUCAAAAGGGCCAAAAGUUUUCAGAUUUUUCCUCCCAGCUGAACUCGACUCGAACGAUCAACUGGAGUGUUUCGUUGUGGUUAAAACCUGCAGACUUGUUGGUACAGGGUUAAAAACUAUUGCUUUUAUUUUAGAGAAGUGACAUUUUAGCGAGACCCGCUGUUCAGCUUUCCGGCCGAUUUGAGACGGAGAAUAUUGUCUCUAAGAGUGAGCAGGAGGACCAAGCAGAGCUGUAUACAGGUGUGUUUAAGUCGUGUUGGACUGUGCUGUGGGUUGACAUUUGGCUGUAAAUACUGUAUUUAAUGUCCUCCACUCAAACCCCUCGAUCAGUUAUUUAACAGCAGCCACUCUGUGUUUGUAGGCUUAACAAGUAUGGCAUGAAGUCGGUGAUUGUUUUAAUUUUCUCAUGUAAAUAAAGUUUGCAUUAACAACAA